GGUGCACAAGCAUCAGCAACCACUUCCCAGUAGUCCAUCCGUCAUUUCCGCAUUUUUUUCGGCUGUGUUUAAUGAAAAUUAACAAAAAACAAAACAGAGUGUUGCUACAGCAAAAUGAUGCGCAAGUUCCUGGUGCGGCCUUCGCUGGUUGACGAGCGGACCAAGCAGAAGCAGCUGGCCGACCAUCACAACAAGCUAAGACGUGCCACGCCGGCUAUUGAUUGUCUGUCUCCACCUACCUACAGCCAUUUGACGCUCAAGUUAAAAAAACUACAGUUGGAAAAUGAGCGAAUCUGGCAAAUAGAGAACGAGAACCGCCGGCUGUUGUCUCGGUUGGCGGAUAUUAUGAACGGGGCGAGAGCGAGCAGCAAGGCAAGGUUCAGCGUCUACAACAGCAAAAAGUUUAGUCGUGGCUUCAAAUUGCGUCCCAAGUCUCAACCAAGAAUCAGUCUAUCCAAUCAGCGGGGAAACGGUGAUCGUGAAAGCCAAAAGGAUGGAGAGGAAUGGCAGAGGACGGUGAGUCCCAUGCGGCCUCAUACCGUUGCAGUGAUGUCUCGGGAUUCCACAAGGCCGACCACGUCGACCAACGACCAUUACUCAUGUAACUCAAUCAAAAAGGGCGGAAAGAGUAAGGCGCUGUGUGGUUGUACCAGUCGCCAGCCGAUGUCACCGCCGGAUAUUGAAACUCUUCCAGACACAAAUUUGCCACUCGUUACGUCACAGUCUCCGUUGAACGAUGUUACUGAUUUAUUGUUUGGUAUACAAAGUGUUCAGAUUACAGUGAAACCGCAAACUGCAGAUUAAA